GCUGGCAGAGAAGGCGGAAGUGGGGCGACCGGGGCUGGGGUUCAGGCUUCGGGCGGCCCGGGGACGCGGGAGCGGCGGCCUUCGGGCCGGGAGUUUGGCAUCCGGGCCGCCUCGGCUCGGAGCGCGGUGCCCGUCCUCUCCUGGUGCUUUGGCGGAGCGGAGUCCUGCGGUUCCGCGGGAUCGGCGGCCCAGCGGACGAGAGCGAGCAAUUGAUAAUCUCGUUACGAUGAGUCUGUUAAACUGUGAAGACAGCUGCGUGUCCAGCCAGUCUGAGAGCGACUGCUGUGCAGCCAUGGCCAGUGCCUGCAGUGCCGCGGCCAAAGACGACAGUGUGAGUGGGGCUACCAGCACGGGGACUCUCUCCAGCUCUUUCAUGGAAGAGAUCCAGGGCUACGACGUGGAGUUUGACCCACCCCUGGAAAGCAAGUACGAGUGCCCCAUCUGCCUGAUGGCGUUACGGGAAGCGGUGCAAACGCCCUGCGGCCAUAGGUUCUGCAAAGCCUGCAUCAUCAAAUCAAUAAGGGAUGCAGGUCACAAAUGUCCAGUUGAUAAUGAAAUACUCCUGGAAACUCAACUGUUCCCUGACAAUUUUGCAAAACGAGAGAUCCUUUCUCUGACGGUGAAGUGUCCAAAUGAAGGCUGUUUGCACAAGAUGGAACUGAGACAUCUUGAGGAUCAUCAAGCACAUUGUGAGUUUGCUCUUAUGAAUUGUCCCCAAUGCCAGCGUCCCUUCCAAAAGUGCCACCUUAAUAUUCACAUUCUCAAGGAGUGUCCAAGGAGACAGGUUUCUUGUAUAAACUGUGCUAUGUCGAUGGCAUUUGAAGAUAAAGAGCUCCAUGACCAGAACUGCCCUUUGGCCAAUGUCGUCUGUGAAUACUGCAAGACCAUGCUCAUCAGAGAACAGAUGCCUAAUCAUUUUGAUCUAGACUGUCCCACAGCCCCAAUUCCAUGCACAUUCAGUACUUUCGGUUGCCAGGAAAAGAUGCAGAGGAUUCACUUGGCACGCCACCUACAAGAGGAUACUCAGUCACACAUGAGAAUGUUGGCCCAGGCUGUUCAGAGUUUAAACCUCGCCAUGGCUCCCCGGCCUCCGCGUGACGUCCUGCUGUAUGAGUCUUCCUCUCUGCCCCGAGCCUCCUCUGGGUGUCACCCAGAGGUCCAGAAUUUCCAAGAAACCAUUCAACAAUUGGAGAGUCGCCUUGUAAGACAAGAUCAUCAGAUCCGGGAGCUGACUGCAAAAAUGGAAACUCAGAGCGUGCAUGUCAGUGAGCUCAAACGAACUAUUCGGACCCUUGAGGACAAAGUUGCUGAGAUAGAAGCACAGCAGUGCAAUGGGAUUUACAUCUGGAAGAUUGGAAACUUUGGGAUGCACUUGAAAUCUCAAGAGGAGGAGAAACCUGUUGUCAUUCAUAGCCCUGGAUUCUACACGGGCAAACCUGGGUACAAACUCUGCAUGCGCCUGCACCUCCAGUUACCGACGGCUCAGCGCUGUGCGAACUACAUAUCCCUCUUCGUCCACACGAUGCAGGGGGAGUAUGACAGCCACCUGCCCUGGCCCUUCCAGGGUACGAUACGCCUUACAAUUCUUGAUCAGUCUGAAGCACCGGUAAGGCAGAACCAUGAGGAGAUAAUGGAUGCCAAACCGGAGCUGCUUGCCUUCCAGAGGCCCACGAUCCCACGGAACCCGAAAGGUUUUGGCUAUGUGACUUUUAUGCAUCUGGAAGCCCUAAGACAAAGAACCUUCAUCAAGGACGAUACUUUAUUGGUACGCUGUGAGGUCACCACUCGUUUCGACAUGGGUAGUCUUCGGAGGGAGGGUUUUCAGCCACGGAGUAGUGAUGCAGGGGUAUAGCAUCCCCUCGUUUGCUUUUUGUUUUUUAAAAGCCUUUCUGGAGAAAGCAGUGCCUUUCCUAGCCCUGCUCUCAAUAACAAUGUGUGAGCAGACAGACAGACAGACAGUGGGAAAGACGGCAUACGCACCAGUGAGUGUGGUGAGCUGGCUCGCUUGCCGCUUUUUCCGUCAUAAAUCCCUACAGCAGUUUUUCCUCGGCAAUCUACGUGUUCCGUGCUUUUUCAAAAUUGUUAAAACCGAAGUGCCUGUGGCAUAUUGCAGCACCUAUUUGUCAGUGUGCCUCUUCGUUGUGGAUUCAUGGGCUUUUGCUCCAGAAUGUUCUGUCAGAAGCCCAGGGUUAGAGUAGCAGAGCUCAAACCAUUCAAAAUAAUGUUCCUUAUAACUCCAGCUUAUUUUUAUAGUAUAUAUGUAAUAUAUUAAACGCGAGAAUCACUACCGCCUCGUGCUGUUGCCAGCAAGAAGAGUUACCACUAUAAGGUUGAGUUCUCAUUUUAUUUGACCUCACAUUCAAAGGAUUUGAGCCUUAAUCCUUGGAAAGCUUAAGUUCUCAUUCCCCCCAUUUCCCUGCCCCCAGGGUGUUACUAAGGGUACUCAGGGACUAGUUUAGAGCCUAACAACCUUACUCAGUGUGAACAUGUCUGUUGAAUAAUUCUUGUUCAGGUGUUUCAUUCUACCUUGCUUACGUAUUUCUUUGAGGCUACAAAGUAGCAUCUUCAAAGUUUAGAAUGUGGACACUCGUGGGCACCUACUGCUCAGUGUCAUGCUGCUGCGUAAACCCCUUUUUGUCUGUUCAGUGCAGCGUGAACCCCACAGCCCUGCUUAUGUUCUCUGAUGCUUAAUACUUGUAGGACACGGAGAUGCGUGUGUAUAAUUACCAACGUAAAAAUUAAAGGGGCUCAACUAGCCCUCUAAUUUGAGCCACAAAUUGUCAGCUCCUUUAAACGCCCUCUGGUUUCAUUCAGUUAAGUGGCACAAAAUUGAUUUUCUAAAAGCAAAAUUCCUUAAUACCUGGGAGAUCAAGGGCAGUGCCUGAGGGUCACCAGACUAGGGUCGGAAGUCACAGCGGCUAUAUCAGGACUUAGCUUGAGCAGUUGCUUCAGUUCAGCAGUUCGCACCCGAGGGGGAUCAUGUACAAUGUAUUGAAGUGACUAAACGUUCCUAAUAGAGAUGGUUUCUGUGCCAUUACAUAUUUGUUAAAGGCCCAUAGGCAUUAAAUGUUAUGGUGAAAUCUAGUUCUCAGGGUGCCCCCAACUAGUAUGGGCUCUUAUCAAGAAUCUAAGGGCUUUGGCAACCUUGCCACGGUGUGGUCCGAGAUUCUCCCAGGGAUCUCUCUCCGUCACGGGCACGUGCUUCCCCAUCCUUGGAGCUGCCGCUCUCCACAGGGUCACCAACGGGGCGAGGAAGCGGGCUGCCUGUGAGGCGCGGCAGUGGACUUGACUGGAGAGAGACGGGCUUGUCCCUGGACUUGAUCGUUGCUGUGUGGUCAGAGGGUUUAGGAAAUACUGAUUGAGGAAGCGUUUUCCUGAUUGAUGAAAAAUAACUCAGUUAUGCUCAUCUACGCCUGCUAGAAGGUGAUGCAGUGUGUUACGUAGCAUGAAGUGUGUUAUGUAGCGGGUAAUAAAUUUUUUAAAAAAUAUAAGAGGACCCAUACACAAGGUGGUUCAAAGUGGUGCGGUCAUGAGAGAUGGCACUGUGUCUCCAGAGAAGCCAGAUCAUAGCCCCCUGACCAGUGUUAAAGAUCAGCCUCAGAAAACGUGAAGAACCAUGUGGUUUCGCUCCUAUGCAGGAUAUAAAACAAACUCACAGAUACAGACAACAGUGUGGCGGGUUCCAGAGGCAGUGAGGGGCCGAGGGAGCAGUUAAGGGGGCCAAACGUGGUGACGGAAGGUGACUUGACUUCGGGUGCUGGGCGCACAGUGCAGCACCACACAUUAUGAACCCUAGAAAUGUACACUUAAAAACUAUAUAAUUUUAUUCAUUAAUGUCACCCUGAUCAAUUUAAUACAAAUUUUUUAGAAAGAAAAGAUCAGCCUUAAUAUUAAGAGGAAGCCAAGAGACUUUGUGGAGAAGAAUGGUUUCAGUUCCAGGCAGACCCGGCCUGGAAAGGUCACUUUGACCUUUCCCUUUACUUACCUCUCCGCCCUCCUUCCCCAUCCCCGUUUAGGCCCCUGCUCUGGUGGGUUUCUCUUUGAAGUGAAAAGGUCCCACAGAGUCCCCGGUUCCUCUGUCGGUGCCAGUACCAGCCAGGGACUAGCGGGCAGUUUCUGCCCCGCAGCUGCAGCCCCUCCGCUGUCCCGGAGAGCAUGUGUCCGUGAAGCAAGUUUUCCAGUUCAUUCCAUUUACACAGUGAGCGGUAGUUAUUUUUGUUGCCCAGAAGAAAGCCGGAAGGAAAUACACUAUUUUUGAUGACUUAUUUUCUUUGUGCUUUCUUGUAGGCUUUACAUUUUCUAUUUUUAAAAAAAUGUACUUUUAUCAGAGCAAAAAAUUAAGUGUUGCCACAAAACAUGCAACCCCAUCAAAAAAGGAAAUGAUAUUAAAAGCUCCCUGGUCUGGUUAAAUUUCUAUUAAAAGUGUGGCUGUGGAUUAGGUACUGAGGAGUCAUUUCCUGCUUGGUUUUUUGUUUUUGUUUUCCCUACUCAGGAAUGAUAAUCCAAACAAUAACAGUUUUUUUGUGUAGCUUCAGGUUUCCUAUUUGUAAGAUAAGCGGUUAGAUUAGCUGUUUCUAAGGUCUACUUCCACCAUAAAAUUCUGCUGUAAGAAAUUAAGUUCUUACUAGCAGCAUGUCAACAGGACUUACAAAAGGAUUUAGCCAGUAGAAAAUGGCUUUAUUUUUUGCUGACAUAACACUUCACUUCAACUUAGUGUCUGUCCUCUGGGUCUCAUCUUAAUAAGCAAUUUUUUUAACCCUCAACAUUUGGCAUUUUGUAAUAAACCAGCACUUACUUUAUACUACUCCUUCAUUGUCGACAGAGCCGGUAAAAGUGAUGGCCAGACCGUCAUUGCAAAUAGAAACAUUUGUUAGGACUUCCACUCAGAAUCAGGUCUUUCCUGGAAAGCUGGUCUGUCUCUCCAAUCUCCUGCCCCGCUCUCUGAAACUAGCUCAGUUGGCCUACAAGUAUUUGGGCCAUGUGUUGAUGCUUUAUCAACCUUUUAACAUACUUAUCUUUUGACACCGUUCAUGGACAUUGCUAACUUGAAAGUAAAUGGUGUCCUUGCUUCCUAGACAUAUCCGACCCAGUGUUGAAAUGUGAACUUGCCUCAAGACACAUUUUUCUAUUGGACACCAAGUUGGGAUGUCGAUUUUGUAGUUCGGGAGUUUUCCACUGUCCUUUGGCUGUGGGGCAGUGACGGUUUCUGGCUGUUCUGUAGCACGGCGGUUUCCAACGUCAUGUCACGGGAAUUUUUAACCCAUGCAACACCUGACUGUUUAGUCAGGGGCACUGACCUUUUUUCCCUUAGACUAUCAUAAAAAAAUGACAACAGCCAGCACAAUAGCCAUCCAGUGUGAAUGAAUCAAAAUUAUAUCUAUUUUUUGGUUAAAUUGGCAAAAAAAAAUAUAUAUAUAUAUACAUGGUUUUUGGUGGCCGCAGAACUUCAGUGAUUAGGCUAUGUGUGCCCUGAGAUGGAAAAAGUGGAAAAAUCACUGCUAUAAUAUGAUACAACUUUUGUUUUGCAGACUAGAAAUAGAAGAGAAAAGCAGUGAAAUGGAAUGAAGGGCAAGAUUAUUUUCCCCUUAAUGAUGGACUAAUCUGGAGAUACUGGACGGUCUCUAGCAAUUAGUUUUGUGGUAGGCGUAAAGUUUUAAAACUGUCCUCCAUGACUGUGCCACUGAGUUUAACAACUCGGAGCAUGUUCGUGGACUACGCACUCAGUUAGGGUGCAUUCUCCAGGAGGAGCAGUUGCUCAUCAUUCCUUUAUCCAGAGAAUCCUCCCAUCCCUCAUGACCAGAACCUUUUUAACUAUCUGAGAUUUCCCUAACUUAGGAGGACUUUGAAGUACUUUCCCUUGUUCAGUUACUGCUGCUCUUUUCUUGGCUUGCCUCCAAUUCCACCCAGAUGUUCAUUUAGUAAUGAA